GUCUACACGCGACAUAAGGCUUUAGAGUGAAUCAUUUAGAGGAGGAAGGAAGGGAAACAAAGACACAAACCCCCCGCUUCUGUAGAAGUCGUCAAUUGCUCACCGCCGCACCAUCACGAUGCCUCGGCCAGCGAAACGCACCCACGAACUCAUCGACCUGACGGGCGAUGACAGUGAGACGGGCACGAAUGGAUCGCACGGCAAACGGCCCGCUUUGGCGCAGCACCCCCGGCGGAUUGAGCGCAAUGGCAGAGAAACACCAGGUUAUCCACCUGGAUUAGGUGGUACAAACGUGUACAGCACUGCUCCACAGAGCUCGAACGCCCUCGCCGCCUCGUCUCAGCUGGUGCCCGUUAUUGAACCAGACGUUCUGGACCUUACGCAGGACAGCGAUGAACCGGAUCGCGAGCUGUACGGGACUUUUGCGGGGAAGAUUGUCGGAAUCAGAUACUACAGAGGUUAUGCGUCGCCGGGAGAAACCGUUCUCUGCAGAAGGGAGCCCCAAAAUCAGUAUGAUCGAAACGCGAUCCGAGUGGACAACGUCGUGAACGACCAGAUUGGCCAUCUCCCCCGCAAAAUCGCCGAGAAAAUCGCACCGUACAUGGAUCGUGGUGAUGUUACCCUUGAGGCCCAGCUCACAGGCGAGAAGGGCUUUUACGACUGUCCCGUCAAGCUCUUCUUUUUUGGCCCAAGCGACCCAACUGAGCGUGCCAGGGUCGAGGACUUGCUUAAGAAGGACAAACUCGUCAAGGCCACCGAGCUCAAGAACACUAGAAAGGAUGCUGAGGCUCGGAGGGCCGUGAUGGGGCUGACCGGUGCCAGCACCGUGAACGGCCUUAAUCAGGAUGGUGCUAUCCAGACGGAGCCGGAGGUGUCGUUGGAAGCUCUCCUGAAGACCAGUGAAGCCGUGGAGAUGCGCAAGGGAGGUGACGCCAUCAAGAUCCUUGCGAUCGGGGAGGAUCAGUUGGAGCAGAUGCCAAAGGCUGACCAGCCUUCCCGGCUUAAGUCGCAGCUUCUGCCAUACCAGCGUCAGGGAUUGGCUUGGAUGACCUCCAAAGAGAACCCCCAACUUCCCCAAAAAGGCUCCAACAAUGUCGUUCAGCUGUGGAAACUCGACAGCAGAGGUCGAUACUGGAACAUUGCUUCCGACUUUGUCACCUCGGCCGCACCGAAUCUUCUUUCUGGAGGAAUCCUCGCCGAUGACAUGGGCUUGGGCAAGACGCUUCAGAUCAUCAGUCUCAUCCUGACAGGCGGACCCGGAUCUACUUUGAUCGUCGCCCCCGUCAGCGUCAUGAGCAACUGGGAGCAGCAGAUUCAGCGACACGUCCAGGCCGACCAGCUUCCCAGUGUCUUCAUCUACCACGGUGACAAGAGGGCGACGGCUAAGGAGCUGAUGAAGUAUGACGUUGUCAUCACCAGCUACGGGAAACUGUCCCGGGAGCGCGAGGAUGGCGUCAGCAAGGUGUUGCUGUCGCCGUCCAUCGAGUGGCGCAGAGUCGUCUUGGACGAAGGCCACACGAUUCGCAACGCCAGAACUAAAGCCGCACUCGCCGCGUGUGACCUCAAAGCCAAGUCUCGAUGGGUUCUAACCGGAACUCCAAUCAUCAACUCCGUCAAAGACUUGCACUCGCUCGUCAAAUUCCUUCACAUCACUGGAGGCAUCGAACAGCUCGAGAUCUUCAACGCCAAAAUCACCCGCCGUCUAGGUUCCAACGAUAGAAGCGCUCAGAUCCUACUCCAGGCGCUGAUGCAGGAUCUGUGCCUCCGGCGUAAGAAGGAUAUGAAGUUUGUGGAUCUCAAACUGCCCGAGAAGAAGGAGUUCAUCCACCGAAUUCAGUUCCGACCCGAUGAGAAGCACAAAUACGACGCUCUGCUAUCGGAAGCUAGGGGUGUUUUGCAAGAAUACCAGGCGAAUUCUGCAGCGGGACAGAAGGGCCGUUUCCAGAACGUCCUCGAACGUCUGCUUCGUCUCCGACAAACCUGCAACCAUUGGACGCUUUGCAAACAGCGUAUUAACGAUAUUCUCAAGCUGCUCGAAGAUCAAGACGUCGUCGUCCUUAAUGAUAAGAACCGCGGGUUGCUCCAAGAAGCCCUGCGUCUCUACAUUGAGACGCAAGAAGACUGCGCCAUCUGUUACGACACGCCUACAUCACCAGUCAUCACGAUUUGUAGUCACGUAUUCUGCUCGGGCUGUAUAACCCGCGCCAUUGAGAUCCAGGGCAAGUGUCCGAUGUGCCGCAACCCGCUCUCCGCGGAGUCGCUGCUCGAACCUGCGCCCGAGACUGCCGGCGACGAGGCGCCCGAGUUCGACUCGGAGACGCAGAGCUCUAAGACGGAGGCAAUGCUGCAGAUCGUGCAGGCCACGCUGCGCAACGAUGGGUCCAAGGUCAUCCUGUUCUCACAGUGGACGUCGUUCCUCAACAUCCUGCAGAGCCAGCUCAAUGCGGCGGGAAUCAAGUAUACUCGCAUCGACGGGAGCAUGAAGGCAGACCAUCGCGACCGCGCCAUCGACGCCCUGGACAACGACCCAGAGACGCGCGUCAUGCUUGCCAGCCUCGCCGUGUGCAGCGUCGGUCUUAACCUUGUCUCUGCCGAUACCGUCAUUCUCUCUGAUAGUUGGUGGGCUCCGGCCAUCGAAGACCAGGCCAUAGACCGUGUCCACCGGCUGGGCCAGACGCGCCCGACAACGGUGUGGCGCCUCGUCAUGGAGGGCUCGGUCGAAGAGCGCGUGCUGGACAUCCAACAGGAGAAGCGGGAGUUGGUCACCAAGGCCUUCCAGGAGAAGACGGGCCGGGGUAAGAAGGCCAAGGAUACCCGCAUGGCAGAUAUCCUCAAGCUGCUUGGUUGAUUUGUGACAGAGCGUCAUUGGGUUUGAUGGAAUUACAAGGAGUUAUUAUGCCUCAGCCAGACAGCCACUUAAGAUUUCGUGGUUACUGGAGGCGGAAAAGUUUGACGUUGAUGUCGUUAAAUAGCGGCCCAUAGCCUCGGGGUUUAAUUUUGCUACAUCAACAAGUUCGAUGAAAACA